GAUGGAAAUGGAUGCGAAUUCAGGGGAACUGACUAAAUAGCCAAUUUAUUCUGUUCCGGUAAACCCACUUGGACAGCCGGGAGAGGCCCUCUCCAUGAAUCUGUUUUGGCCGUUUGUGAUUGAGAUUGUUUCAGCGGACCACAUGGACAUGCCCGAUUAUCAGACGGUAUUUCGCCAGCCACUGUAGCCAGCCAGACACCAAGGACCGCUCGCUUUCCCUCGCUGUUCUGAUAGCUAGCUAUAUACUACCUGGGUGUAAUUAGGAAAGCAUGUUGGAUUUUGUACAUCCUCGCAUGCGACGCUGUGUCGUUUAGCUAACCACGCAUCUCAUCCGUAGGGCCCAUUCCCAGCGUUUUUUGGGGGUGAAAAAAUUGCAGCCGUAGAAGGUUGACUGAGCCUUCUUUUAUAUAACAUCUACAGCUAGCUGUAAGGCUAGCAGUUCGUUUUUUCCCCACAGGUUGGAAUGAUACUGCUUCCUCAGCCUGGAAAUUUCCUACAGUAUUGGUGAAUUGCUUUCUGAUAACACUGGGUGCAGCUAUCCUUUGGAUUCACCCCCCCCUCCUCCCCCCCUUUUUUUUUUUUAGCUUGCCGUGCAUCACCAGCUACAGUGAUAGAUACAGUACUUUAUGUGAACGUCAUGAUCUCUGGAAUGUGAUUUUUUGAGUUUCUUAGCGAGCUAGCGAGCAAUUUUCAAUUUCCUCUCGGUUUUUUUAGAUGAAUCCUUCAGAUAGCUGGUGAUUUGAUGGCUUUUGCGUUUAUUGCCACCUGCUAAGUCACGCUUCCAUCGCGUGGUUCCUCAGUAGCUUAGGUAGCUGUUACUGCUAAUUGUGAUUUUUAAGACACUCUUGGUUGGGUCAAAAAAAUUUUGCCGUUCAUGUUUCGUCAGGAAAUUAGUGUGUUAUCUUUCAUUCCGUCUUGUUCUUACCUUUUCCAAUACGAGAAGAGGAACAUGUCUCGGUAUAACAUUUACAGUCUUUUAGACUGGGUCUACGGCGGGGUGGACCCGAAGUUUGAAGGCAACGGGGGUCCAGAGUGCGCCGCGUUCCUGUCCCCGCAGCAGCGCAUGAACGAAAGCCUGGUCAUGAUUCUCAUAUCCAUCGUAGAAGUCGUGCUGGCGCUCAGAAAAAUCAACAUUUCGAAAGAACUUAAAGAACUCGCGAAGGAUGGAGGACAGACCAUGGAAGACAGCUUGGGGAAAAACUUGUUGCUAGUGGCGCUGUGCAUGACGUUCGGAGUGGAGGUCGGGUUCAAGUUUGCCACCAGGACGGUGAUAUAUCUGCUGAAUCCCUGUCACGUUGUCACCAUGGUACAGAUCUUCCUGCUGGCCUGUCCACCCUGCAGAACAACCAUGGUCAUCUUUAGGCUUCAGGUCCACAUGCUGAAUGGCGCCUUGCUGGCCCUUCUCUUUCCUGUCGUCAACACCAGACUCCUCCCAUUCGAGAAAGAAGUGUACUACAUCCAACAUUCCAUGCUCUACCUCGUCCCCAUCUACCUCUUCAGGAAAGGAGGCAUGUACAAGCCGGAGCCCCUGGGUGACAUGUGGUGGGCCCUGCUCUCCACCGGCAUCCUGUUCCUGUACCACUUCGUGUUCCUGCAGGGCCUGGGACUGGUCACAGAGGUCAACCUCAACAACAUGCUGUGCCCGGCGGUCUCGGACCCCUUCUAUGGGCCCUGGUACCGGGUGUGGGCAACGGGCCACCAGACCGUGCUGACGCUGGUGCACGGCAAGGCGCUGACGCUGCUCUCCCACAGCUACGGUCCUGCCUGCAGGUACCUGCUGGACUCCGCCCGUCUGCGUGGCAAGAAGGUGGCCUGAUCCCGGGGCCCGGCACCCCGGGGGCCCCCAACACCAGAGCCUGACCCUGGAGCCUUCCCCUCCCAGUGCCUGCUCUUCCUGGGAGUAUCCUUCACCCCCCUUUUUUAUUUUAAAGAAAACACCUUGUAUCGCUCUAUCAGAUUGACUGUUGUUUUUUUUUCUACUUUUAUUUUACUUCAGGGUAAGUGAAAUAUCCAGUGUCAGUAAUUCAGUGUCAGUACACACAGUGCUGCAGUUGGCUUGCAAUACUUGAUGCUUGUGAUGGUUUGAGGAGCUAGUGGUUUUCAGGGGGCCAGUGUUUCAGUACUUGCCUUAUUUCAUUUACAGCUUAUUCCUGAACGGACUUUGGAGAACCCCGCGGGACUCCUUACCUUCUGAAGAUGCCUUUUUGUUAGUUCCUUUUAACUGGCGGUGACAGAGGGCCACCUGUAACAGAUGUUUGAUGUUGUUGUUCAUUUUAAAAUGUGGAUACGUCCCUCUGCCCUGAACACGUUGCCAUUUUUUUUGUUUGUCUUGAAGGAACAAAGUGUCAUUUACGUUUGUCACUGUUAAACUGCUGUAAAAAAAAAAAAAAAAAAAAAACAUGAUACUGUAGUGAUAAUUUAAGCCACCCGGCUUUGGUGGCGUGCUCGUACUCUGCAAUGUCUGGUUCUAUGGUGACAGGAUGACACUCCUAGCUGCUGCUUCUGUCUGCGGUACCUGACAGCAGAGCAACUCCUGUCUGUUGGGUGGAGUCCGGAGAUUGCGGACUCUGUGGUGACCCUCCCGAAAGCCCUGCGAGGGGGGGGGGGUUCUUGUCCAAUAGGGACAAAGGUAGUGACAGGUAGGACUACGUUGCAGAUGUUGGGCCCGCCCCAUAUUGUUACGUGGGGAAAAGUGAAGUGAAAGGGAUUUUCUCAGUUGUUGGUAUUGUUGUUGCAGAACUGUAUAUAUAUAUAUCAAACAUUCAACAAGACGUGCAGACUUUUUGUACUUUUACCAGGUCAAUG